UUCAAAAUUAAAACGUUACAGGCACUUGCUAUAAAAGAUGCUAUGCAGAUGCAGGGCUGUGGGUUACGUCAGAUUUCAUCUCCUGAGUCAUUGGAAAGUCUGCAGCAGCGAAGCUUGAAUGAGUGGGGGCAGUGACAUACAGCAGUCACAGUGGAUUUCCUUUUACCUCAUUAUGUAAGGACUAAGCUACAUUAUGGCAUCUUGGAGAAAUCCUAGCAGUAUUAGUAUGGACUCGGCAGAAGCUGAAUAUGCUGCAAUCGAAUCCGAAAUCUACCGUAGUCUGUUAACCAUUAUGAGAGAAAUGGACACCGAGCAACCAGUUGUCAACAAAGGAAUGCUGAGAUGGACAUUACACAAGAAAGUGCAAACCAGUUCUGUCAGGAGUCUGGCUCUGGUGAGGGUGGCCAUCAAGGAACUGGAAAGAGCUGAAAGAAUUGACUGCAAGAAACAUCUCAUUCCUCUACUUAAUACACUCAUCUAUGCUGUGAUGCAGACAGUAUACAUUCCUGAUGACCUCUAUAAAAGAGUUUAUGACUUCUGCAAGAGGUUGUUGACUCUGCCUCAGCCCUACUGUACUGUGGGCUUCAGCUAUGCUGGGCAAAUGAAAGCAGAACGAUUAGCUCCAGGCCUUUUGUAUCAGAAAAGGAUUCUUGCAGAACAAAAUCUAAAAAAUGAACACUAUCCUCAGCAGGAGAGGGUGUUUGUGUUCGCCGAUCCUGCAGUGUUUUCCGAGUCUCUCAGCACUGUUCUGAAGGCUGACAUUGAGGCUCAAGGAUCCGUCCGGACACCGUUGAGCAUGAUGCGCUGUUUAGUGCAGCACAGUAUUCAGGCGAUACUGGGAGAGGAUUGUCACGGACCCUCUCUCAAUGAUGCUCUGCAGGACUUGGACCAGGACGUGGAGUCAUACUUCAAUGAAGUGCUUGCAACAGUAGAACAGAGCACAGAUGUGAACCGAGGUGAACGGGGUCAGAUCAAACAGAAACUACAAGCAUUAUACUCACAGAUCCUCUGUGACACCAACAAAGGUCUAUUGUCCCAUGGCUCCUUGUGCGAUGUUCCAUUUCCCAAUCCGGAGAUUAGUUUCCAUCUGUGGUGGGAGGAGGAGGAGCUCUGGAGAGAACUGGCCAAAUUCAUCCGUUCCGGAUCCUACUGUGAAAACCUCUCUCUCAACCCAGAUGAGUUCUACAUGUCGGACCUCCACGCAGAGCUCAACUCGGAGAUGCCACGGCACUCUGUCAUGUCAACGGACAGCGGUAUAGAGCGUGACAUGCAGGGACCCGAGUCUUCUGACACGGAAUUUACUGGAGGAAAAAGCUUAAAGUCUGAGCAGACCAGUGGGCGACUCUCGCGGCGCGGAGGAAUCAAGGUGAAGCCGUCCGUCACUGACAGCAUGGCUUUGAUGCAGGACGCACUGGAGGAGACGGGCACAGCUGGAAGCAGUGGCACACUGCAGAGGAGAGCGGGAAACAGUGGGACCACCUUGCCCAAAGAAGAACGGGACUACACUGCUAAAAUAGUGGUGAUGGGAGAUGACCGGGCAGUGGGAAGGCUAGCCAGGGCGUACUACUGGUUUAGGAAACGGGAAGCCAGGAGACGGUUUCUUACUGCGAAAGUCAACCUACAGAUGUACUACAUCCCUGUUGCUCGACAGUCGUCUGCAACCUCCCCUGUGAAGGAGACCGUGCCCUCUACAAGCAGUAACUUCUGUACUCUGGGCUCUUAUCUUGGAAUGGUGGAUCCGUGGUACGAGUGCAAUGUCUGUAGUCUUGGACAGAUGAUUCCUGAUCUUGCGAGAACGGCCAACAGUGGCAAACCACACGAAUCUGACCUUUUCUUAGCUGACAUCAUCUCCUACUAUGUCCGAAUGGGACAGCAGCCAGUGUACUUCAACAUUUACUACAUCAAGAUUUACUUUUCCAACAAGUCAAAAGAAGCUUUAGAAGAAGUUUUUGUCACGGACCUGGAAGUGGAUUUCCCAGACUUCAAAAUAGCCCAAGCAGCACAAAGAGACACUGCCAAGCAGAAGAAGAUGCCUGCUGAGCUGUGUGGGGCUCUGAUCUCCUUUAGCUACUUAAAAGUGUCUCUAAGUAACAGGGAGGUUGAAAAGGGGUUCUCACUCAGAACCACUGGCGCUCAGAUUUCAGCAAUACCAGAAAGCAAAACUGAAGAUCUCAACUGUCUCACAGUCACUUUCAAUGACACAAAGCCAAAGAGUAACACAGAGACAAAGAUCAGAACAUGCAAUUUUAAAUUGAAGACACCAGACAAAUCAACUUUCACAGUGCGUUUGGACAAAGACUUUCGAAGGAAAUUUAUGAAUGUUGAGAGCAUUGAGGUCUCUCCGUGUCAAGACCCUGGAUAUUAUAUUCAAAAAUCCUUAAAGUCAAAGUUCAUGACAGAGGACGACAUCGCAGCUGGACUGAGCAAAUACAUGAGCAAAGGAUUGCCUUUGCCCAUUAACACGUUUGCGGGAAUAAUCGACUAAAUGGUCAAAGAUCAGGAUAGAGAGGUUGCUGCAAACACAAAGGCCAGUUCUGGACUCUUGCAAUAUGUGUAUUGUGUUUUAAACAAUGCAUUAUUCAGUAGUGUCUGAAUGUGAUCAAAUGAUCAGCUAAGACACUUCACCAAGCAGGUUUUACUGCAUUAUGUACUUUAGUUUGUGAAUCACAAGUUGAUCAAUCCAGGAAGUAUUUUAAUCUGCAACUCGGCUAACUUACUAACACUAAAUGAAGUCAUGGUAUUGAGUUUCUCAAAGACUUAAGAGUUACUUGAACUUGUUUGACCUUGUUCUCUCCAUUAACAAUGAACCUGUUCCUUAAAGGGUUA